UUGUUCAAACCCCCAAACCCUUCACUUUAAGAAUGCAGAACACAUGGAAAGCUGUUUUCGGUUGAAUAUGUAUUCCCAAAAGCUCAACAGCAAAUAGUAUUGGAAUAAUAAUGAUAAAGUAGUUAGCUUUCAUUUCAAUCCUCCAAGGCUUCUUUGUUAGAAGGGUCAAGAACAAGAAUAGUUUAACAACAUUUUAAAGCAUCUUCAUAUGGACAGACCAGUGCUAAACUACUUAAUAAUCACAGACUCACCGAAAGUGGCAUUAUUGGGUGUUCCUCUUAGAUUACUAAGCAUUCAUGAUCAGAGUUGGUAAGUGAGAUGGAAAAGAAAAGGAGAAGUGUUAUUUUAUAUAGAUAUGAGUAUUAGGCAGAGAUGGCCAAAAUGAGGCUUAUGUAGUAAGCAAAGCAACAUCAUGUUAGUUGCUGUUUGAAAUUCAAUCCAGUAUAAACACUCUGGCAUUGUCACAUAGAUCAAGCUGUCCUCAAGUGUUAAAAGCUAGGGAGCAUGUGAAUAUCAUCAUCACUAUCAUGGAUUUGUCAAGUUGAGCAUGGGCAACGAAAUGGGUAAUAACAUCACAUCUGAUAUCAAAGAGGAAGAUAACAUAAGUGAAGCCGAGAAGAAGAAUCUCGCCGAAGAUGCUGCUGAACUUGCAAAUGGGACAUCACAGGAUGUUGGUGCAGACAAUGUCAAGGAAGAAAACCAGACUGUACCAACAUCCAUAACCAAAGAUGUUAUGGAAAAUGCUUCAAAUUCUUCUAGUGAAAUAAGAACUGAACUUGGAAAAGAUACAAUGCAAGAGGAUGAUCAUGCAGAUGAUGCAGAAGGGGAAGUUCAAAGGAUUCCAACAGCUGAAGCUGAAGACGUUGAGGAGAAAGCUAUAUGGUUUGCUUCCACCAACACAACAAACAUGCUUGAAAAUGAUCCUUUGGAAGGAGAAAGUGUCAAUGAUGAAAAACAGAAUAUAGCAACUUCUAAAGCUAAAGAUGUGAUGGAAAAUGCUUCAAAGGCUUCCAGUGAAAUAAGAACUGAACUUGGAAAAGAUACAAUGCAAGAGGAUGAUCUUGCAGAUGAUGAAAAAGGGAAAGUUCAAACGAUUCCAACAGCUGAAGCCGAAGGUGAUGAGGAAAAGGCCACAUGGUUUUCUUCCAACAACACAACAAGCAUGAUUGAAACUGAUCCUUUGGAAGGAGAAACACGUGCAAUUGAUGUCAAUAUGCAAAAUCAAAUACUCUCAACAGCUGAAGCUGAAGAUGUUCCGGUGGAAGCCAAAAAACUGGCUUCUGAAGGUGCAACAGGUGACCUUGAAAAUGUUACAUUGCAAGACGAGAGUGAUGCAGAUGAUGUGAAAGAGGAAAUUCAAAUGAUUCCAACAGCUGAAGCCAGUGAUGUUCAAGAGAAAGCAGAAAUCAUGCUUGAAAAUGUUUCAUUGGAAGGAGAUGCUGAUGAAAGUGAUGUGAAUAUGCAAAAUCAAAUGCAUCCACCUGAUGAAGCUGAAGAUGAUCAGGAGAAAACUACAGGAGUAGCUUCUGACUGUACAAAAAUUUCACUUCAUAGUGAUUUAUCCAAAGGAGAUACUCAUGAAAAGGAUUUUGAUGAGUAUCAAUACCAUCAAGAAGCUGAAGGCAAAGAUGAUCAGGGAAUAGCUUCAAGGCUGGAUUAUGAUGAGAAAAUAAGUGAACCUGAAGAUAAGCUUCCCCAGGAAGAUAAACAAGAAGGGAAUGUAAUCAUUUGUAUUGCCAAUGGGACAGAUGUUCAAGGAAAAACUACCAUCUCGGCUUCUGAUGAUAAAACCGGGUUGAAUUUGAGAAAUCCUUUUGGUGGUGCAGAAAUGACUGAAGCCAGACAACCUGAAAAGUCUCCAUCUGCUGGAUCAGUUGAAACUAAAGGUGAAAACUCUGAGAGAUUGUCAGGUUCUUCAUUGGAAGGCACAGAAAAAUGUGGCAAGCAAGAAGACUCACCCUUAAGCAAACAUCUAUCAGUAACAUAUGAUGAUCACCUUGAUGAGGAGUCUUCAAUUAAACAAGCAGAUGAAGAGGUAACAACAGUUUUAACAUUGAAUGCUGUGAAUAUGGAAAAUUCAGAACUUCAAGCAGAAUCACCAAGCGAACAUUCUGAUCUUCAUGAUUCGGUCAAAGUUCUCUCUGAAGGAUCACACCAUGGCACUGAAUCACUCCUGAAAGAUAAUUUUCCUGAUGCUAAUAAUUUUCAGCAGAUUAAGGAUGAUAUUCCAGAAAAAGAUAUGGAAUUCCAAGAGAAAAUGUCAUGUGCAAACAAGUCAGACUAUAGAGAUGGAAAUGAGUUUGGGAAUGGUGGUUUGAUAGAUACUUCAGAAAAAAUAUUUGAUUCCCCAAGUAUUGGUCGUGGAAGUAAAGGUAAUUUAUUGACCAAGGCCAAUUAUACUACUGAGGGUUCCCUGAAUUCAUUUCCUGAACCUUUUGUUGUAGAUCACCCAAUUAAUUCUGACCAAGAGGAAAAUUGCAAGGUACUUUAUGAAGAGAGAAAAUUGAGCAGAAGUGGGUCAACUAGGGAUAAUCUACAAGAUAAUUGUAAGCCAGAUCAAUGCAUGAAAGAAUCACUUCAAGAGAAUAAGUCAGACAUGGUUAAUACAAAUGAGAUGACAACAGGAUCUAAUGAAGACUGCAAUGGAGAAAGGCAUUUAGAACUUGAUUCUAGUGUCUUUUUGAUUGCCACAAGUGACCAAGUUGAAGAACCUGAGGUCACUGAUUAUGGACUUCAAUGUGGUGAUGCUUAUGUUAACAACUCCAACAAGGCUUCAAAUGAAAGCAGUGCUGCUCCAGAAGAAAAAUAUUCUGUGGUUCUUGAAGCUGAAACAGUUGUUGUUAUUACAGGGCCAAAUAUUGUUGAUUCCAGACAUGAAAGGAAGGAAAAUGAUAAGAAUAAAGCUGAAGAUACAAAUGAAAAACCAGAAGCUUCCCUUGCUAACAUAAAAACCUUUGAGGAGAAAGAAAUCUCAGAGAAAAUCAAUUCUGAUCCGGUAACCACAGUCCUUGAAGAAUCUUUUUCCUUGCAGCAUUCUUCUUCUUCCUUGACUGGUGCAGAAUUAACAACUUCAGCAGCAACUAUGGACAUGGAAAUGGAACCAUGUUCAAACAAUUCAGUACUUGUAAAUGGUGGUUAUUAUGAAACAAAGGACAGUGUAACAAGGCUCAGCACUGAAUCAAGCCCUGAUGAUCCAAACAUCUCUUGCCAGAUGCAAAAAUCACCAAGCUUCAAUCUCAACCUUUCAGAAGAUUCAGAUCAAACUCCAUUGCUUUAUCAGGAAGAGUCUGCAACAAAUGGAAGCUUGUUAAGCCAGACAAGUCUAAAUCUCAGCAAAUCAAUGCCCCAUACUGAGUAUGACCAGAGCAUGUUACACAGUGAGGAAAUGCCAGUGGAAGAGAAAAUAGUUACUGUGGAAAGAAGUUACUCAAAGAAAUAUAAAGCUCCAUUCAAAGGUCUUUUAAGAGAAGAAGAAAAAGAAGAAGAAGCACAUCUUCUACUCAUGCCACAACCACAAGAUAACCAUGGUUGGACAAAGAAGGAAGUGUCAUCUACUUCACCUCAAGGGAAAGAAAAGCGCAAGCCUCGAUCUUCAUUCUUCAGCAGCUUCAUGUGUUGUUCAACUGUGGCAAAUUAAAACCUUCAGAACUAUACUUACACUUCUCUUUUACUCUUCUCCUUUGUGUCAGUGUUCUUGUGAUUUUUUUUUUCCGGAAAAUGACUUUUGAUCUCGAGAGAUUUUUUCAAAUUUUACUUUGCUUGAGAGAUGUCACCAUGUUGAGAGUGCAAGCAGUGGGGAUUUAAUGGAGGCAACUUUGCUGCCUUGGAUUGUAAGUUGGAACAUUUGUUUGUUUGGUGAUUUUACUAUGAUUGGUUAUUUAUACUAAUACAACUUCACCAUUAUGUUUGGUUUU